AUGAAAGUCAAUACCAGCGACGAGUGAGUUCUGCGUGCGCGUUCAUUUAUUAAAAAUCUAGUUCCGGGCAAGGACUCGAAUCAACUAUAGGGAAUUUUCUGUUUUUUUAAUUUUGUCUCUUGCAAUUUUUUCCCAUAAAUUUUCUGUCUAAAUUAUAUAAGCGUAUUUUUUUUUUUAAAAUGAGUGUUUAUGUAUAGAAAUUUAUAAUUAGUGAAUUACUUUAUUUAUUAAUUUAAUAAUUUAUGCACACGAGUACGUAUUUUUAAAGUUGAAUUUUUUUGAAUUUAAAAUUAAGUAUACAAAAUUCACUUGAGUCCUUCUUCCUUGACCACACAAAUAAUUUAUCGAAUGCACAAGGUCAAGCAAGUUCAGAAACGUAUUCAAAAGAGCGAGGUUAGGUGAUCACUCUGAGUGGCGUUUUCAAACAAAUUAUUGUUACCUAUCAAUAAAAUCAAUAAAGCAAUUAAUCAAUACAAUUCGUACACUCAUCUCUCAAAUUCUGAUUGAUAAUAGUAUUAUUAUACUUAUUUUUCUAAUAAUUACCUCAAAAAAAACCGAUUUCGUCAAAACAUUAAAAUAUAUGAAGAUGUCAUAUAUAUAUAUAUAAGUUUAAUCGAUUAAAGAAGCCCACAGCAAAAUAAAGAUUAUUUUUGUGGUAAUUAAAAUACAAAUUCUUACAGUGCAAUAAAUUAGAAUGAAUUCGUCUGUCAAAAAUGUAUAUUUAUUGUGAGAGGGGAGGAAAAUAAAAAUAGCACCCGGAUUUCAAAUCCUAAAUACGCCUCUGGGAUUGCUAAUGAAUAAUAUUUACACGAUAAGAUUAAAAAAAAAAUUAACGAGUUAACACAUUAAUUGAUGUAUAGAUUAACUAAAUUACGUUGAAAGUUAAUUUUUUGUACAACUACAUUGUUUUAUUUUUAUUUUAUUUUGCAUUACACGGGCAAUUUCCCUUUAGUAUACAUAUAUCAUUUGUACAUUUAAUAAUAAAUAUUAUGUGGACAAUAUAAUAUAACAUUAAGUUAUCAAUCAAAAAUAUAUAUUAACUUAAUUGGUUACCAAAGAUGGGGUCAACGUUGGCACUCGCCAUUAGGUUCGUUUUUUAAAUAACUUGUGGAGAAAUGAGGGAUACAGAAGGGAUUGCUAGUUAUUGUUGUUCGCUGGGAUACCUUAAAACAUAAAAUUGACAAUAUAUCAGGUGAAUCAAUAUUGCCAUCCAAUAGACCACUUAUAAAUUUAAUUCAAGCAGUGCACCUAUGCUUAACUAGGGAGAAAAGGCCAAGCAAGUUAGCUACCGAGGCAUAAUCGUAUAGAGGACAAUGUAAUUUGAGUACAAAGCAGACAAAACUCAACAACUUUCGUUGAACUCGCUCAAGCUGCAGUGAAUCAUUGGCAGUAUAAAAAUCCCAUACUAUACAACCAUAUUCAAGAAUAGGUCUGACAACAGAACAGAAUAACAUUUUUAGAGACACUCCUUUCUUAAAAUCUUUAGGUAAGCGCAUAAUAAAACCAAGUGCAUUAAAUGCUUUGCAACACACAAAAUCUAUAUGCAACUUGGGAUCAAGAUUAUAACUAAAUUUAAAGCCAAGAUCCAUAAUAGAAUUCAACUGACACAAAAUAUUUGUUUCGUUAAUUCUAUAGUUGAAAUCAAUUGCUAGUUUUAUCCUAUGAUACGUAAAGACCUUACAUUUGGAUAGAUUAAGUGAUAAACCCAUUUUAUUGAACCUCUUUCAACGAGGUAAAUGUCAAAUUAUAUUGUGAGAAAACACUUGUAGGCUGUAACACUCAAAUUUUGUAAUAGUUUUAAUUAAAUCCGGCAAAAGUGUUCAGUACCUAUAGAAUUUCGAUCGACAAAUGCGGAAGUUAUAUUUUUGAAACGCAUAAACUUUUACUCCGUUGUACACGAACACCAAAAUCCAAUUUCAUUGUAAUCACAUAGGUAUCUGUACAAACACGGAACAAACUAACUCGAAAAAUAAAUAUUUGUGUUCGUUUUUGUUUGUUGAAAGUCACGUAGAUCGGAGAAAUACAAUAUGCUUCGGUACCUUACAGGUAUUUUAAUUGUUUAAAGUAUUUUUAUAGUUUUAAUUUUAAAACAAGAUUACUUACAUCAGUUAUAUUUUUUAACAUUUUCAUUGAAGGCCCUUCGAACUUUCUUUGGUCCUAUCCUUUUUAUCAGGUUAAUACCGUGUAUACAAAAUAUAAAGGUGAUACAUAUAUAACUGUAUUUAUAAUUUGAAUGUAUAUAACUGAUAAAAUUAAGUUUAAAUCGGUAUACAGACAAUGUGAACCAUAUAAUUAAUCACAGAUUCGGCGGUAACGAAUAUAUAAUAAUACAAAUAAAAGUGUAUUAAAGUAAUACAGUAUUCAAUUGAUAAUAUUAUUAUGAUGAUCUCUGUGCACAUAAUACAAUGCAAGGCCAUAGACAAAACAUUGUAUAACUGUAAACUAUCGAUAUUGUUGGUAGAUAUCGAAUAACCUUGCGUACUUGACACAAAUCCUAAACAAAAAUACCAUUCCUAAGAAAUUAAUUCAUAAACUUGACUGUUUCAGUUCUCUUUCAUCGUUAAACGAUUCGACUGGAUCAUUGAACCGAUCAUACAAUGAUAUUUCAGAACAAGAAAAUGGAAUAUUUGUCGUAGUAAGGUGAGAUAGAAUCUACUCGCAAAAUAAAAAUGUUUGGUCCCGAGGAAAAAGGGCUCAAUAAGUCAAUUUUGUUCAACAUUUUUCCUUGUUUAAUUUUAUCCCCUUUAUAUUUUGUUUGAAAUGGUAUAGAUAUAUGUAUCUCCAAAAUAUACGUAAGUAUAGGAUAUAAGCGAGUGAACAUUUUCAAAAUUUAAUUUGUUUUUAAUUAUACAAAAGUGACUUAAACCCUUCUUACCUGGGACCGAAAAAUUAUAAUAAAACGUAUAUUUUAUUAAUAAUUGUUUUUCGGCCGAAUUGUAUGUAUCAUAUGUAUUAUAGUUUAUUAUUUAUUUAUUUUGAAAUCAAACAAUGAAUAAACCGUGCUUUUAUAAAUUUGUGUUUAACUUAUUUUGAUCAUAUUGUGUAGAUCUCGACCCUUGAGCACCAAAGAAAACAAAGCCAGUGAACCGUCGAUCGUAUCGUUUCCGGGAAGCGGGCGUAUUUUAGUAAGCAAAAAUAUUACUCCAAUAAUUAUAAAAAUAAUAUCAAUUUUCAAAAAAUCUAUGUACACCACACUUUCCACCUACAACAGUGGCACACCCGUCAACCGCACUAUAAGCUACGUAAAGGUUAAAGAAUGCACUCAAUUAAACAAGCGUUUAAAGCGCAACAUUAAAUUUAUGUAUUAUGGUUAAUGUCAAUAAUUCGAUAAUAAUACACAUUUACAACUUGAGAUAUAGCUUCAGCGAUUCUAAAGCUUUUAUAGCAAAUUUAGCGGACAAAGUCUUAUACAAGAAUAGAUUAUUCAUUAGUAAAUAAUUAAAGGGAAAAAAAAUAACAAAAAAUAAUACCUAAAACAAUAAUAUCGCAUAAUAAUUACCAACGUGAUAAUAAUAAACCAAAACAGCGUGUAUAAAAAAAUACCUAAUUUAAAUAACACAACAUUAAAAUAUAAUAUACUUGAUAAUUAGUCACAGCUAUUUUUUUAACCAAAUGUAUAGACUUGUACGACCCUAUAAAAAAUUUUACCUCCAUACUACUUUAAACUACAAAUUGAUAUUGAUAAAUGACAUUUUAAGAUUUCCUGAGUUUUCUCGUGACAAAUAUGAGUAGAAUAAAAUCUCAAGUAAAUCUUAUAUUUUAGUGUUUUGGUAUUCCUAGUAAGAUUGCAAGAAAAAUUUAAUAUAUCAAUAAAUCAAAAUCAAAAAUAUUAUAUCUGAUGGAUGAUAACGUUAUUAAUGAUAAUACUUUGUCGAAAUAUUGUGUAAGGAUUAACAUUUUUUACUUGUAAAAUUUUCAAAUAAAUCUAACUCCAGUAAGAUUCAAGUAUUGUUUAUGGAUAAAAAAUAUAAAUAAUUAUUCGAUAAGUAAUAUUAAAAAAAAAAAAACUGAUUUCUUUACGUAAUAACGCAAUAUUGGUUCGGUUCUAAGUAACAGCGGUUGAAUAUACUGACACGGAGUAAACCCAUCUUGAGCCCCUCAUCGUCGGUGACACGAGAAGAAUUAUAACUUAAUCUAUUUUCAGAAACUGUAAAUUUGGUAAAUUAUUUAAUAAUAUUAUAAUGUAAAAACCAAAACGAUUAAACACAAAAUAAAAAUUAAACUAUAUUGGCAGGUAUGUAAAAAAAUCAAAACGGCGUAAACCCACCCAAUGUAAGCGUCUCGAGUGCUUCGGCAACCGGCUAAAGUCCACCGAAUUCCAGUCUCUCCACCAAAGACUUUUCAGACAAAUCUGUUUUUAGACACUGAAUCGGAUAAUCGCAUUCAAAAUAUUAUAAAAUCAAAAAGUUUAAUACUUAAUAAUAUGUUUUGUAUACGAAAUGAUACAAUUCGUGACGAACCGGAGGAUUUCUCAGAGAAUUAAAUUUCUGGUUGUUUCACUCGAUGUAUGAUGUAUUGGUUUGGACUUAUUUAUGUAUUAUAAUUAAGAUACUGAUAUAGUUAAUGUGUAUACUUGCCGUAAAUUUCAAACGUCGACUUUCGCGGUGUUUUAAUUUCGAGUUAUUUUAGUUUGAUGGUUUUAUUCGGAUUUCGGCCAAGCAAUAAUGUUCAAAUAUAUAUCCCAAGCUAAAUCAUAAAUUGUGCAUAAUGGUGAUUGACAAAAAUAGCUGAAAAUACUGAGGGGUAAAUCACUAAUGAAGAUGGAAAUACGGGAAGGAAGGAUGCAGAUGGUAUUAAUUAGAUUAUAUAUGUGUGCUACGAUAAAUCAUUGCCAACGAAAUACGGUUCUGAGCGAAGUUUUGUCAUUCAUUUUUUAAAACCCCGUGCUUUAUAAAAUUUUCGUUAAAAUCAAACUUAAAAAGUUUAUACAAAAACCGGUACAUUUCGUUCAACUUUCUUUUCUUUUUUUUACCACUAUAAAACACAUUAUGAUGAACCUAGAGUUAAAUUUUCAAACAUGUUUACUCGUCCUUAAUAUUUUAUCAACCAAAAAAUAAAUCAACAAAACCGAUUAUUUCAAAUACCUAUUGAUAGCUCAAAAAUCACCAGAAUAUUUUGAAAAUUUUACCAUGUCUUUAAAAACCAAUAUUAGUAUUCUGUUAAAAUGACAGGUCUCUUCGAUUAUUCUAAACCGAUCUAUCACUAAAAAAAAAACCGAAAAUAAUGAAACCGUUAUUAAAGUUAACGGUGUUAAACUUAAAGUUAUCCGGUUUUCCUAUACACCUAUUUAUUUAGAAAACUGAUUUCACCAAUAAAUCAACAAUAGACUAUAUCUACUAUAUGCAACAAUAAAGUUCUCUUAUUAUUUUUUGAUAGACCCUAGAUACUUAUCGUCAUCAUUGUAAAAUCUUGCUCAGAAUCUAAAAUGUGCGAUACUCGUUUUAUUCCGAUUCGAAAUACCUUUUCUCAAAAUUUAAAACGAAAUACAAAUAUUAAUUAUCAUUACUAUUAUUUAUUACAAUUGAAUUGCACUGUUUAGAACUUAGACGUAAAGCCCAAAAUAAAAUAAAAAAUUAUAAUUUAUUUAAACAAAACGUGAUUAUCACGGUGUCAUUUUAACAUAAUUAAAUAUCGACAACGAUAAGUGCUCAUAACUAUUUUUAUUCGAUGUACGACACUGUCUCAAAAAUAUCAAUGGUAUUGAGGUAUCGAAUAGUCCAUUCAAAGUUAAGUACACGUUGAAAUUUCGUUUACGCGAUAAACUGAUUACAAUAUUAAUUGCAGUCAAUUUGUAAAUAUAUUUUCUAUUUCGCGUACGAAAUUCAUAAUAAUUCCAUGAAUCGUUGCCAUUAUCGAAUGGCGACGAACUCGACCAGAAGACGGCUUGUCGAGUAUGCAAUUUAACAGCACGCGUGUGUACAAUAAUAAUUAAUGUUUAUUGUGCACGAUAAUAUCGGAAUAUCAAAUGCCAUAACAUUAAUAUAAUAUUAUUACGAUAUAUUAUUUAGUUCUUCUAAUGGCACCGCCUAAACUUUUCGCAUUAAAUAUUUAAUUAUUUUAUCAAACUCGUUUUAAUAUUAUUAUGCAGUCAUAUAGGACGUAGUCUAUUACUCUGUCGUAUAAGUGAGGAGCGAAUAUUAUAUUAAAACGUCAAACGUAUGUCGAAAAUAUAAAAUAUAAUUUAAGUGCUCGGUGUUCGUCAACAGACUUAAAAAGUCCUUCGUAUAAGUUUGCAUACACGUCGAUUUCUAUCCAACGUCACAGUACAACAAUUAGUGAUGUAGGUAAGACAUUUUAUAAAAAAAAAAAAAAAGCAACACUGUAAAAACCUCAUCUCUAUGAACGGAAUUUAAAACCGACUGAUAAUUUAUGAUACUGAUAACGGUACAACCACCAAAUUGCUGACAUGAAUGUGAAACUUAACCGAUAAGUAAACAUAUUUGUUUGUGCGAUAGGUACGUUUUGUAAAACCAGACCAAAUUACAAAUAGACUAAAAAUUAAUAUGCGUGAAUAGUGUCCACAUCGUUUUCUUCUUAUCAGUAAUAAUACGACCAUAUGGGUUUAAACGAUAAAAUAAACCCAUUAAAAAGAUAGGUACAUUAUUUUAAAUGCUCAUAUUCUAUUAAAAUAUAAGUACCUAUAAACUAAAACUUGACUAUUAUUAAAUAAGUGUUAAUCAAAUGAGAUUUUCAACAAUCAAAUUAAUAUAUUAGUACUUAAAAAUGUUGAACUAUAUUUUUUUCGAUACUUCAUAAGAAAUUUUAUCACUUAAUAAAACAUAUUAUCACUCUGAGAUGACGUAACACUAUUAACGCGUAUCAAACAAUUAGCAGAAAAUGAAGAGAUUUAUAAAGUUGAAAAUUAUGAAAAUGAAUCCCUUGGAGGUAAUUAUAUAAUACACUUGUUAAUAAAGAAAAGUGAAGAUAUUAAAAUUAAUAUUUUAAUUUCUAAUUAAUUCAUUACUAUACAUUUUAUAAUGAUUAUUUGUGGAUAAACUUACAUUAACAAAACAAAAUUCAAAAUUGAUGACUAUCUAUUUUAACAGCAUGUUUAAUAUAAAAUGACUAACGACUAAUCAUUAAAGACUAAUACAAAAUUGUGAGCUGAAUUAAAAUUACAGCAAUUUCUCCUUGGAAAUGUCAUGAGUAUAAAUUUCAAAAAUUUUACAUCACUCUAUGAGUACAAUAUUCAAACGGUCAAGCGUAUAAUUAUACGGCCAAUUUUAAUGGUAUUUAUGAACAAAUAAAAAAAAAAAAUCCAUCGGCUCGGAAAUAUAUUUAAAAGUGAUCCCGAUGACAUAAUUUGUUCAAAAACACGUUCACGCAAAAAAAAUAAAAAAAUAAUAAUAAUACCCUUUAAAGUGAUUUUAAAAGUUUUACUCGUUAUGUAAAAAUUAAAGACAACGACAUUAUAUUAUCUAGGGUAUAGCAGGUAUUGAUUUUCAAUUUACUCGAACCCGGCGGUAUAGUUAUAAUAAUGAAUAUUCGAGAUUAAAAAGUGAUCUUUUUUUUUUCACGUUGUUAAAAAAGAACCGGAACUUUUAUACAUUUAUAUUUAACUAAACGGAUAGUAGCCAUUAGCUGUUAGUGGUGUCAAUCCCUAAAUAUUAACUUAUUUUGUUCUUUUAAUUUGCUUUGUCGGCUGUUUUACGUUAAAUCGUAUUCGUUCGUUUUUUCAACACACGGUUUUUAUGUUCAAAUAUUCAUACGUCCUCUUAAAUGUGAUAAUGUAUUAAUUUGAUUAAAAAGUCCAUAAACACACAUACGGACUGGACACAUCACCCCGGUCGGGAGACUUUUAUCCCGUUUCGCUCACCUCACCUCAGCACAAUUCUGAAUACCUAUUGAAUUAUUAUUAUUGAUUUGUUUAAUUUGAAAGCUAUACAUAUAAAUAUUGCGGUUUAAAAAAUUACCUGAGUGGAUAUCGGUCAAAUUAAAAUCGUAAACAAAACGGCAAGUAUAUUUGUAUAAAGUAUAUUUAUAAACGUUAUCGUCAGGAAAUAAAAUCUAGGGACUUGCAUCCCGUUUCGCUCUUAAAAUCCCACUAUUUUUCCUCGUAUAUGUUUAUUUAUUUUUUUUUUUUACUUAGUUUUCAAAAAUUAAAAAUAUCCACCUAUGCCAGUAAUGUCGAAAUUUAAUUAGUAAUAUUGAUCGAUAGGGUCACGCGAAAUUGUACACCAUCCGAAAGAAUACCAAUCGAAAUAAAUAAAACAUGCGGAUGUUAUAUUUGUAACUACCUAAAUAAUUUGAAAAACAAUUAGUUUUCUCGUGACAAUUAUGUUUAAUACAAAUCUGCUUUUUGAAAAUAGAAAAAUAAAAGCCUAUUUAUUAAAUAAGUCUGUGUAUUAUGUAUUCAGCGAAUCAUUAAUCAUCAAUUUUAUUCCGAUAUUAAUAAUUUAUUAAACGAUUUUAGUAAUCGUUCCCGGACAAUAUGUGUUUAACAUUUUAAAAAUUUGGACGAUGAUUAAAAAUUAUAAUUAUAUUAAAAUUUAUAAUAUAUGAUUUAUUAUAGAUAUAGUGGUUUUCUCUUAAUUGCAAAUACUUAUGCUACUGUUAAAAUUCAAAAUAGUUGCGGUAUAUGCACUGCGAAGAGAAAAUAAAUCAAUUUUAGUAAUACAGACGUUUUAAACAGGUCAACAUGAAAGCCUCGAAAACAAAUAGUCACUUUAUCGAAAUAAUAUUAUAUUCUGCGCAGGCAUUUUUUUUUUUGUUCUUAGCAACGGUUAUAUUUUAUUUGAUUAAUUUACCACCAAAAACGGUCACGUAUACAUUAAUCUAGUGACGCCUCUAAUAUUUGAACGCCAUAAGUAUCCAUUUUAGUUACAAAAUUAUGUAAACACGUGAAUUUUAUUAUGUCACGCUAUACUAACAGUAUUUUAUUAUUGUUAUUGUUAUAAUUAUUAUUUUUUUUUUUUUGUAAUUACAUUCCCAAAAGUAAAUAAUCAAAAGAAAAAAAAAAAAUUCGGGGAUCGAGUAUUGUGUUUUACCGAUCUUGGCUCAUUAAUAUAUUAUAAGUUGGUGAAUCAGUUAUCACGAUUCGUUCGAUCUAUGAAAUUCCAAUGCUGCAUAAUUUUUCGACAAAUAAUAAACCUACAACUUGAUAGUUGGUAAAAAAAAAAAAAUGUAAUUAAUUUCAUGUUCGUGACCUAAAUGAUAAUGAUAUUUAUUUAUUUAUUUAUAUUUAUAUUUUUAUUUCAUUAUAUAUAAAUGUAAUAUUAAUAUUUAACGUCACAAUCUUCUCUCCUUCUUCGCCUUCAUUCCAGCCAUUUGGGUUUCGGCCACCCUCGUCCUAAACUUCUAUUCGACUCGAAAGUACUUUAAAGAGGCAAUUUUUUUAUUUUCUAACUUAUUUGCCCAAUUAAUGGGAAUCCGAAAAAAAUCCUGGAAAACCGGAAAAAUAGGUACAAUAUUGAACAAAUAUUUUUAAAGAACAUAUGUGUUGCCUAUGUAAUUAUUUUAUCAUGAUAUGGUAAUGAUAUGAUAUGAUAUUAUUGACAAAGCAACGACACUGUACUCCACUCAGAAUCGUUUGAUUCGUUUUGAUUGCCUUUCAUUAGCAAUGGUUAAUCGUUACUAACAGAAAUAUAUUAAAUUACCUAUUACAGUGGCUGCACCCGUUCUCAUUAUCCUAGGACUGCUUUUUAUAAAUAUUAUUUUUCAUACAUUAAAUAAUAUCUUAAUUUGUUGAUCGGUGCAAUAUAGUGAAACAGUUCCUUCCCGUUAAAAAAAUAUCAUUAUUGCGUUGGAAUAUAAUUUGUAAAUGUCGAACAAUUUUUUUUUCAAUCAGAAAACAAGGAAUAAAAAUAACUAUGAUAUUACUAAUAAAGUUGAUGUUACGUUUUUAAUUUUGUUCCCAUAAAUAUGUUUGAAUAAUAAUUUAGAUUUUAUUUUAUAUAAUUUUAUAAUAAAAAAUAAUAUUAUUUAUUUGUAUACGUAAAAAUAAUUUUCCAAAUAAAUAAUUCUGUGCAUAAUCAAAUUUAUACAUCCCAUCGCAUAGUGUCAUAUUAAUCCGGGAACAUUUUGAUCUAUUUUGGAAAAAUUCGAUCAGGUUUUUUCAAAUAUAUAUAAUAUAUUAAGUUCCUUGAGUUCGUUAUUGCUAACACAUGUGACAUUAAAUUUCCUUUGACUCGUAAAUGCCAUGUCUUCUAAUCUUAUGGAUACAAAACAUUUCUGAAUAUCAGAACUUUGGUUAUAAAUCGAUUUAGUAAAUAUAUCGAGGAAAUUAAUGAUUGUAUAUAAGAAGCAGAUAACUGAUAAAAAUAGAUGAAAAGAUUUCGUUAAAGCACUUGUAUAGCGUAUACAGAAUAAUCCGAAUAUAAGACUUAUUAUCUCGGAAAGUAUUAACUCUUUUUUGGAAUUUUUUUAUAAUUCAUGUUUUAGAUAGGGAGUAUUAAUUAGGUACUAACUAAAAUAAUUUAUUGAUUUAACACUGAUUGUAAUAUAUACUGUGACAAAUUUUCUUAAAAUAAAUCAUAUUAAAAGAAUAAUUUAAAUACUGCGCUCCAAUUUGAUCAAGAACAUUUAUCUAAUGUGAUAACUACCACGUUCAAAUAUAAAAUAAUUAUAUAUUGUUUAAAAAUAAUAACGAAAUGUUAUUUCUAAACACGAAGUGAAUUUUAUUUUAAAUAUCUUUUAUGAAUAUGUAUUGUAUUUUUCAACGUAACGUACUAAUUCACAUACAAGUAAUUAUUUUUGAAAUUAGUUUACAUAUAUAAUUCAUUUCAACUAUAGAAUAACCAGAUAAGAGACACUUCGAUAAAAACUAAUAAUUAUUAAGUUAUUUAUAUAGCUACUUGUAAAAAUAUUCAACAUUUUGACAUUUCUCUAACAAUUGUUUAAUCUCAUGUUUUAUACGAUUUACGGUAGUAUACACUAAAACUUUUAUUUAAAAGCCUUAUCAAUAAUUCAUAGACCUGAAAAAGAAACCAAAAAAAACACAAUUUCUAAGAAAUUAAAUAAAACAAAAGUAAAUUAAUACUAUAUUACACUAAACUGUCUUUAAUUUUUUUUUUAGAUCGACGGGCUACAGUCGAUUAUCGGUGGAUCCAAUGGCCCGAAAACCAAACUGUUCUCCUUCAACGUGGUUUUCGAACCUCUCGCCACGCAAGAGGACGUCUUCCAGUAUUCGGGGAUCAAGAAACUCAUCGAGAUGGCUGCCGAAGGUUUUAACACCACCUGCUUUUGUUACGGACAAACAGGCAGCGGGAAAACGCACACGCUAACCGGGCCGCCGGGUAUGGUAAGUCGUCCGAAAAAACCGCUGUACAUAUAUUACGUCCAGAAAUCGCUUUUCUACAUGAACAACUGUCAUAUGCAUAGACGUCUUCAACGAACAUGCCACCCAAAUAGGGAUCUAUAUAUGUAUUUUGGCAUGUCAAAUUUAACUAAAGAUGUAACAGUAUUAUUAUCAUUCUUUAAUGUUUUACGAUAACAAAAUUUGUGUCCAUCUAUGUACAAAAUAAUAUUUUAUUUUUUUUUAUUUACUGAAGUCUUUUUAUUAACAAGAUUACGAGCACAACAUCAUAACUAGAGAAACGAGCUAUGACUAAACAGAUGGCAUAUAAAUAGUUCUAUGUAUAUAAUUAAAUUAAAUAGUUUGAUAAAAGUAUAAUCUGUACAUUAAUCAAUAAAAAUCUGGUCUCUCGUUAUUGAUUUGAUAUUAUCAUUAUUAAUAUCUAUAAAAAAAAACUGGGGUGUAACCGCAAAGUAGGUAUAAUUGAUGCAAAUAUAAUUUUCUGAUAGAACAGACGUAAUUCGUGAGUCAUUCAAAUAAGAAUCCCUGUAAGCAAUUCAUAUAGUCACUCAUCAGAUUUUUUAUUCUGAGACGCAAUUCGUGUACAACCGAAAAUACAAUAAACACUAUUAUUUCAUAUUAUUGCGAUUUAAGCGCAUUCGUAAAUCGUGGUUAGGUACGUUCCUACUCACAAAACGGUAUUAUUUGUACAAAUCGAUUUUGUCUACUCAGUAAUUAUUUCAAUGAUUAUUGUCCCGCGCGAUUAACUGUCUAACAACACUACUAUGCGCAAUUGUUGGUGUAAUCAUUUAUGUAACAAACCAAUCGAAGAAACAGUGAUUAAAUAACGUGAAAGAGAUUUAUAGACUAUAGUUAGUAAGUACAUAAGAGUAUUUAUAAUAUAAUCGCUUUUCACUCCGUUAAUAUCAAGUCAGUAAUGCAUAGAAAUUUUUUUUUUUUUUCAAAGAGAAAAUUGAAUUUUCUCCAUAAGUAAAUUGACUAUACGUAAAACACGUAAUAAACAUUUUAAACGAAAAAAGAAAUUAAAUUCUUUUAUGUAUAUAUUUUAAUAUUAUCGUCUCGUCCUAAAGUUUUUUUUUUUUUUUUUAUUAACAUAGAAAAUUCAGUAUUUCCGUUAGUUUUUUGACCGGUAAUACUUCUAAAGUAAUAACUUGUUAAAAUUCCAUUUUUGGGUAUUAUAUACAAUGCACAUACAUACAUUAUAACGAUGAAUUAAAAUCCCACCAAUCACCAUAAGAAUUUACCGUUGAUAAACCGACUAUUGUCGGUUGAUACGGUUAACUGAAAGUUAUGCGAUAAGAAUGAGUUGAAAAUCAUGGUAUACAUAAUUAACAAAACGACAGCGAUAUCGAAUGGUGAACUUUGUAUACAAUUUUUGAAGAUUUUUGAAAGACCAAACAAAUUUUAUUCACAUAUAUUGAAAAAUCGUAUGCGAAAUGUCACGAUAUUUAAAACUAAAAAAUAGGAACAAUAUUUAUCUUCGAAACAAAAAAUCAUGACUGCAAAUUAUUGGAAUUUUUAUAGUACUAUAAGAAUUACUUAACUUGUAUUAACUUUUCAAACAUUUAAUUUAUUGCGUACAUAUUCACGGUUUUUCUCCAGAUUAAUACAGAAACUUCAAAAAAUAUUCAAAAAUGACUUUACUAAUGCAUCAAAAUUUUGCAAAAACCGAUCUCGCUAUUGAUUGGAGCAAAAUUUUAAAAGUUUUUAACAGCUACAAUAAAUAAAUAGUAAAUCCAAUACAUCUGAUCCUAUGCUCCGAAUAUAAAACAAUUAAAAAUUGAUGAUUGAACAAAUCAAAUGUACUCAACAUCUCCGUUUCUAAUCGCCGGUCUGUGAUAAAAAAAAUCAUCCUGUAUACGAAACUUAUAAAACCCAGUGGUAUUCCAAAGAAUUUUUGGUUAGAAAGGAUUUAUAAUCAAUAACUUAACCUAACAAUGAAAAUUCGAAAGCUGAAAAAAGAAAGCAAAUUUAUUUUAAAUAAAUCAAGUUGUUUCCCUAGUUACUUUGUUAGAAAAUAAAAUGUCAAGAUAAAAUUACAAAACAAAAACUCAUAUUUGCUGUAUUUUUAAGCAAAUUAGGGAGUAUAUAACUUCUAAUCAUUACCCUAUGCACGCAAUUAAAUGAAACUGAAUUAAUACAUGAGACUGAAUAAUAUACAGAAUACAAAAAAAAAAAAAACAAAAAAAGAUGUUUGGGUAACGGAGUCUCUGUAUAAUUCAAUUUCACGCUAACGGAUAAAAUUUAAAAAUAAAAUAUGAUUUUUUAAUAAUCUUUUCAAUGUCGUUAUAAAUCAAUUAUACUGUUAUAUUUAAUUACAAUAGCGAAUUAAAUUCGCACUUUAAUUUUAAUACAUACAAAUUAAUAUAUAUUUAAUGAUUGAAAACAUGAUAUAACGAAUUAAAAAUGCUUAUUAAUCGCUUAUAGCUCAUAAAAGAUCUAAAUAUAAGCACAUAAUUUUUCAGGUCAACUAACUCUAAUACUAAAACAGAUAACAUAAGGUUAGUCCCGUUGAACGCAAAUUUUCUAAAUCGCGCAUUUGUAGGACGGAGAUAGUCCGUGGCGUAUUUACGAUUUUUCCAAUGAUAGAGAUAUUAAAUUUGGAAAUUAUGUUAUAUUGUAUAACGUGAAUCAAAAAUAAAAAAACAAUUUUUUACUAAUUUAUAUUCAUGUAGGUAAUUUAUAAUUCAAUUUGCCCUAAAUAUUAAAAUUAUCAUUGAAAUUAAUUAACUUACAAAUACAAAUGUAUUUACUUAGGUGAUUAGUUAUUAUUUAUUAAUUUAUUAUUUAAGUAAUCUAAUGUCAUUUGAAUAUAUAAUUUUGUUUAAAACGCAAAAAUGUAUACGUUUUUGAAUAUAUCAACUGUAAUGGGUACUCAUUUUGUAUUUGAUAACGCGUUGAUUUUUCCGAUUAAAAAGUGAAGAAAUUUAAAUUUAAAAAAUAGAUAUUCACAAAAAUAGUACUAAACUAAAAAAAGAAUCUAGGAAGUAGAUAUAAUUCCUUAAUAUAUUCCAGUAAAUAAAUACGUCACAGCGGGAGAUAGAGCGUCCGAUUACGACAUCCUCAAUAGUAUUGGCUUACUUCGAAAUUUUCUAAAACAAUCUUACUGUUUUACAGUGAAAGUCGAUUAUGAAAAUGGUCACGAAUUAUUGUAUUUAGUUCAAAAAUAUGGAGUUUGGGUAACGAGUGAUAAACGUGGAUUUUCAUUAAGUCAAAAACGUCGUGUAAAAUAAUUGAGAGUGCAGCCCCUCCCACACACACUUUUCGUCGCGUUUUUGGAGGCCAUCAUUGGUUUAGGUCAGUCGAGCAAUUAUUUCGUUAAUAUUUUCAAAUUAAAACCGGUGAUAAAUCAUUUAGGCACGAAAACGAUUCCGAGAAACGACACACACAAAAAAAACCUUUCUUUUAUUAAAACUAUUAUUAUUUAUUUUAGUAUAAAAUUAUAUUUUCAAUCUUUAACUAGGUAAAUUAUACAUUAAGGAAAUAUGAUAUAAAUGACUAAGAAGAAUAAGAAGGCAGGAAAGCCCAACAAUGAAACCCCUAAAGGGUCUUUGUUUUAAGGAUAAAGGAUAUCCGUACACCAAUUUCCUUUCAAGUGACGAGAUGUGUUGUCUAGAAUUUGUUUGAAAGCGAGGCUAUUGAUAAGAUGGUUUGUAUGAAUGUUGAAUGUUUUGUUAGGAUUUUUGAAAUUAUUGAUAUGCAAAUUUAUUUAAUGUCAAUACAAAGAGGUCGUGGUGCAAUGAGUCGUUUAUAGCAUACUAAUGGCUGCUGUAAUUUGACGCAGGAUUGGAGAGCAUCAAAAUACAUCAGUCAAUUUUUUUAAUUUUUUUAUCAUUCCAAUAUACCCUUCCACAACGUUCAAAAAUUUCAACCGACGAUAUCGGGGUGUCGGCGAGUAUUAGAUGAUGGUAUGAUACCGUGGUGGUAUCAAUAAUAUUAAAACAAAAAAUACACGAUAUUAAAAUAAUUAUUAUUAUUAUUAGAGAAAAAACCGAUGGAUUUUUAGCAAAUAUAACAGUAUAUCUACCUGCGGCAUAUAUUGCGGGUUAUGCGAUUUAUAUUAGGUGGCGAGCAAAAAUCAAUACAAGUAAAAAGCGAGCACUGCGAAAAGAAGGAAAGAAGACGGCUUAUUUGACCGUCUCCCUUGUUGAACGGAAAAAAAAAUGCUGAUCGAGUGAUGGAUGAAUUCGGUAGCCAUCGUAAUUUAUAGUGAAACGUUUCGCGCAUCUUUCUGCACCUCGGGAAAAAGAAAAUCAAAUAAAAACUCAUAUCCGCCGGCUACUGAUCUCUUUUAGAUUCCGUGCGGAGUUUUGGUUUUACUAUAAUAUUAUGACGUGUGCAUAUAUUUAUUUAUUUAUUUUUUUUUUUUUUUUUUUUUUUUUUUUGUGUAAAUGAGUUUUUGACUAGAAAUCUCAUUCCAAACAUCACAACCAGGUGAGAUUUCUAGAAACAAAUGUUCUCAUUCAGAGCAUUGGGGAAGUAUUUUUUUUGAACUCGUUUGUAAUUUUAUUGAACAAUAAGGAAAAACACAAUGCAAUUAUUCUUAAUUUAAAUUUAUCCACAAAAUUAAUAACAGGACUUCGUACAGAAUCUGUUUUCGUUUCCGAUCAUUUUUUUAAUAUUAAAAUAUUAUCAUAAUAAUUUUAAUAAUUUCGCCGGUCAUCGUCGCAAGUGUGUUUUCGUUUGCUCGCCUCGAUCGGAUUUUGAUAUUCACCUGAUGCAACGAUGGUAGGUCGCCGUCGUUUUUCACCCGCAGAGGUCAGUUCAAUUUCCUCUCCGCGCCGAAACGGGAAAUCGCUGAAGUACAUAUAUAUAUAUGUAUUAUAUUAUGUUUGAAGAUGGACGCCUCCGGGUACCUGCCUUAUAGGUACCGUCGUUUAACACCCCGACCGCGCUCGCUUAAAUUUCAAUAUCGGUCCGAUAAUACCCGUUUAUAAUGCAAUAUUACCCGUAUACAGGGUGUACGUUAACACGCCACAUGAUAUGGUGGCGGCAUUAUAUUGUCCGAGUAUUUUCACAGCGACACAUACGGAAUUAUGUGGCGAGUACGCGGGUAACAUGGUUUAAUGGAACCUAAUUAAAUGUAUAACAUAUGAAGGAGGGUUAUGAGGGAGUUAAUUUUUUCUUGUUGGUCUCGCUGAAUCUGAUUACGCAAAUUUUAUGAAAAUCGGUCGAGUAGUUUCAGAGUUUGUACCGUAAAUACGGAAUAUUAUUUUAUAAUUGUAUAAUAUAAUACAUAAGUAUAAUCUACACUGGCUGUAGAACGGACAGUUAAGAACUUUUAAAUUUUCAUAUUUCCUAUAAUCAUAUCUCGCUUAAAAGGGAAAAUAUCGAAAAAUAACCAACAUCGUUGCACAGAUAAUAUUCUAGGAUUUCGAUGAAUUGAUCACGGCUACGAAUUGGUGGCCAGACAUUGAUCGCCAAAAAAAAAAAAAGAAGAUAUUUGUUUAUAAAGACUUUUCUCGGGUGUAUACAACAAAAUAGUAUUCCUUUUAAAACUAUUAAAUUGUUAAUUAGUAUUAAUAAAAUUAAUACAUUUAACAUUCAACAUACACCAACAUUUUGUUGGUUUUUCUCUUGUUCCAAUAUUUUCAAAAUUUUUAUUAUUAAACUAUAUUCAAUGUAUGUUAUUAAUAUUACUUGUAUAAAAGUCGAAUAGUUGGUCAAGGGCAUUCUGAAAGGAUUUUUUAAAAAGAAUAACCCAUAACUUUCAACAUAAACAUUAAACAAUUUAUCUAUACAUUUUAUAUUUUAAUUAAAUAUUUGUGUACGAUGUACAUAUUAUACUAUAAUACUUUCUUUUAUAUAUAUAUAUAUAUGUAUAUUAAUAAAAAUAUAUAUACAAUUUUUCUAACCAAGUCUACAUAGAACUGAGUUAAAAACCAAUAAAUUAUUUAAUUUUUUUAGUAACAAUACUUAAGUAGUAUAAACCGGAGACAAGUCAAUAUAAAUCAAUAUAUAAUUUUUCUUUUUUUUCUUUUGAGAUCAAUUCGACAGGCGACCAAUUUGCUGUUCGUGAUCAAUUUACCGGUGAUCAAUCCACUACAAAGUGAUCAAUUUACUCUAAAAUUAAAAUGAACAGCACAAAGUUAUCUCUGCUAAACACAAAUUUGGUAUAUCAUACAUUUGUAAAACGGAGACAAUACACGCAGGUAUCAAACCGCUAUCUUAACUUCAAUACCUUAAUUGUUUCUAUAUUAUCUUUAAUAAUUCAAUAUUAUCAACAUUAUCACUGACUUUUAGUUUUUGAACAUUAUAAUGAAUAAUUUAUAUCAGACGAGUGUGAGAAAGACAAACCACUUAACGAUCAUCUUAAUAACUUAUACAAUUUUAAUAAAAUUACGAACAUAUUAUUGUUUUUAUUUCACAAUAAUGUGACAAUGUUUUGAUUUAUUUCAAAAUGUUUAUUUCUCGAUUAUAUUUGGAAAAUCCGUUUUAUCAAAAUUACUAAACCAAAUUACUAUAACCUAUAUAAAAAUACUAACAACUUUUACAAGAAGGGCAUUUAUUGCGUUUAUUGAAUCGUUUUUUGAUUAAACGCAAAGUUUCGUUCUUUCACAUUUUAAUUGACCCGGGUGAAUAAAAGUCCUUCAUCAGUGGCAAUGAUGUCAAUCGCCUUUGUUGCGCAUAAUGAUAACCUUGAAUAUUUUAUAUAUAAUGUCCUAGAUCCUAUAAUUAUAUUCACUGAUCGCAAAAAAAGUUUUUUUUUUUUUGCCAUUGCACAUAGUUUUAUUCGUUAAUUUUUUUUUCAUUUUUUUUUUUUUUUUUUUUUUUUUUGUAUCACUAUUUUAUUUGGACUUUAUAUACCUAACCAAUAUCAAUAUUUUAAGUGGAACUCGUUCGCCAAAUUGCCAACUAAAUUAAUCAAUUAAUAUAGAAACAAACACAAAAUAUAUGCGAAAAUUCCAAAAUUCAACUACACUAGUGUACGAGUAUUAACUUUCUCCUAUGGAAAUUGAAAAUUUAAAAAUGCUGGCUUAUUUAUAUUUAUUUAUUUAAGGUAUUUUCGACCGCUUGUAGGUAUUCAAAUUUUCAGAGCUUGUUACGUGCACUUUAAAUUUUUUCCCAAAUUCGGUGAGUUAUUUGUUGUGCAUUUUACUCAAUAGAAAAAAAAACAAAAUAAUAUACUAAAUGCGUUCAAAUCAAUUCUCUAAAAAAAUAUGUGUUUCUGAAGAUAUUCUGAGAACUAAACCACCAAUACCUUCAUAAGAUACAUUAUAAGUUAUAUUUAAUAGGAACUAAAAAUAUGUUUAAAAAAGGAACUUGAAAAAUCCACCCAACCGUGUUAUAAAAUACUAGAUUCCAUGAAAUCGUGUUAUUACGAACUCGCCCACCAAAUUGUGUACGUGUUGUUGAAGCACAUUUCGAAUUAUUUUUAAUAUUAUAGCUUCAGAUGAUUUUAUGCACAAUAAUAUAACAUGUAUACACUAUACGAAUUAAAUUUACCCAGUUCACGAGUUCUUAACGUUGUACCACCUCUACCCUAUUUUGUUUCAUUGAAUAAUACAAUUAACGACCGUAUUACUUAUUUAUAUUAAUAUCAUUGUCUCAAUAUUUUUCUAGUUUUUUAACAGGCGUAUCGAACCGUUCUCCAAGGACCACGGCUUGGUAUUUCGAUCGUUUAUGUAUCUAUUCCGGUUGGUGCAACAACGACAAGAUCUCCAUUUCGUUCUCAAGGCGUCAUUUUUGGAAAUUUACAACGAAAAAGUAAUUCGCCGAAAAAAAAAAUAAUAAUAUAUUAUACCGUAUAAGGGAAAAAACAAAAAAUGCAUUUAUUUCGUUGAAUAAUUCAACACUCUCACUCACGCGUUUGAAUCGAUAAGGAGUUCGUUGAACUUAGUUUUAUAUGUUCGUUAUUAAUUUAUUAUUAUUAUUAUUGCUGUGUUUCUAUAAUAAUAUUUAUACGCAACAUUAUAAUGGAAUAUGAAUCAUUCCGCACUCAAUAUAAUAUAUAAUAUUAUUAUUAUCGUUAACGCCUACAUGACGUAUCAAACGUGUCCAGUCAUUGAACUUGUAUAGGCAUCAUAAUAUGUAAGGUUCAAAUACGAUUAUUUCGUUAUUAUAUUUUCGUUUUUUUUUUUUAACAUUAUGACAACAAGUAUAACGACACGAGAACGUAUAUUGACAUAUCGUUCGUUGAACCCGCACACACUUCACUCAAUGUUUAUUUUGUAUAUAUGUAUACAAAAUUAAUAUAUUAUUAUAAUAUUUUAUAACCCAGUAAGUAAAUAAACGAUUCUAUAUAAAAUUGUAGGUGAUAGAUUUAUUAAAUCCUGGAACCGUCAGAAAACCGCUGGACGUGAGAUGGUCCAGGAAAGCACGUAACUUCUACGUGGACAAUCUGUUUAUGGUGGAUUGCGAAGAAUUAGACGAUUUGCAAGCCGUGCUGGAAGAAGGUAUAAUAAAAGGCAUGAAAUAUCACAUGAUAUUUUUAAUAGGAAGAGCUAGAGUUGCCAGAAAAAUGAUAAAAGGCCAGGCACAGUAGUUCACUAUUCCCAACCUUUCUCUUUCAAAAUACCACAGUUUCGUGCAUAACUUAAAUAAAUUAAAUUCAAAUUUGUUUUUAGACCACUGAAUAUAACUUAAAAUGUACAUUAUUUUAUAAUUUCAAGCAUUUCACUUAAGUCAUAUAAUUUUAAUAACAGAUAACUACCAUAUAAAAACACGAAAAUAUCAAAUACCUAUAGCCUCAAAAUACGAGUAGUUAGAAUGUUUAGACAAUUUUACCAUGCCUGCAAAAUGCCAAUAUUUUUAUUUUGUAAAAUCUACAGAUCUCUGCAGUAAUUUUUUGACCGAAUAACAACAAAAAAUAAUUAACCGUUAUUUUUAGGAAAACUAUACGGAAAAUCCAAUAAUAGCUUUCCUACUCAAAAUCAAGACAUUUUCUUUUAGAAAAUAUGUUAUUUUUGAAAGGUCAUGUAAAAACAUAUAAUCUAAAAAAUUUUAAAUAAUGAAAUCGUUGCGCCGUAAUUUGAAAAAAAAAAUCGUAUUUUUCUUCUUAUUUUUGGUUUUGCCAAUUAUUAUGAAAAUUACUUUAAAUAUCAAAAAAUUACUUUCUUUGUCAGUGACUGUAUAUUGAAAGGAACAAAAUCUCUUGCUAUUUUUCGAUUGGAGCAAUAUUUCUGGUAGAAAACAUAGUUUACAAAAAUUAAAAAGAAUUAAAAAAUUAAAGCCGCGGUGUGCCAUAAAUAUUUGCCAUUUUACCUAUAAUUUUCUUUCGGAGUUUUUCAAUUAUUUUGAAAAUCCUUUGAAAAAUCAAAAAAUGAGCCAACUACAUACAAUUUCCUUUCAGAAAAAGAUCUAUACGCUCUAUACAUUGGAGCAAUAUUUUUGGUAGAAAAGGUGUUUACAUGAACAAAAUAAAAAAAAUACACAUCAUAGUAAAACUCGCUACACACCGAAUCUAAAAUUACUACAAUACGAUGUAUUUAAUACAUUCGUGUAGAUUUCAAAACCUAAUCUAAUGUUUUUCAUUACUGGCUGUAACAAUAUGUUUAGGUAUGAAGAACAGAACAGUAGGAAGUCACAAUAUGAACGAAUGUUCCAGUAGAAGUCAUACCAUGUUAACGGUGUAUAUUACGUCAGAACAGCAAGUGAGUGAUUAUAAUAGUAUUGAUGAUAUUACUAGUGAAACGGGAUUUAAUCCAUAUGAUAUUGAUACAUAAAUUAUGAUGAAAAUUAGAGCCAUAACAUUUCCGAAAAUUUAAUUUUCAAGAACUCUAGACUUUAUGAUUACAUAAUAGUAAGUUUGAAUAAGUAAUAAGCGAUUAAAACUACAGAUUUGCUCAUCCGAGUACAUACAUUAUAUUCCUUGUUCUUAAUUACUCAUUUGUGGUUAAAGUCACAGACGUACGAAAAGUGCAGUCUAUACAAUUUAAUUUUAAAUUCGCGAUCGUUGUAUCAUCACAAAUUUGUUUGGUUUUUCUUUUGUAGGUAUUGUUUUUUUUUCUCCUUAUAAGUUCCGUCUCGUAGUUUUAUACAACCGAUAUACCCACUAUAAGCCGUGGAAAAUUUAAAACAUUUCCAGAAUUACGUGCCAACGUUUAUAAAAUAUGCGAUUUUCACAUUUCAAUAAUUACUUUUUCUCUUGGAUUGCGUCCAAUGCUAAAAUUAUAAAUAAUAAUUAACGAGCAGCCGAAGGAAAUCCCAUGUAAAACACAAAAUAUUACAGUAUCGUUGCCCCUACCCUCCUCCCCAUAUUGCGAAAAUGAAUCGCAAUCUAUACAAUAAAAUUUAUACCACUAAUAACCAGGGUAAUGGAUUUUGUAUUUUUAUUUUGCUACAUCAUAUAUGCAAAUGGAUUCGGUCAAUAUUUAAUUGCUAUUUCCAUAGUUUCGAUAUGACUAUAAUUCUGGGCUUGGGCAUUGUUAUGUGCAAAAUUAUUUUUAGUCUAGUAUUUAACUAUAAUGUUUACUUAUUUGCCGAACGUUUCACCGGUCUACUAAUAUUACUUACUCAUUCCUGAUACCUAAUAUGAUAUGAUAUUUUACGACAAUCAAUGAAUAAAAUAUAACGAUACAUUAUUUUUAAUAAGAAAAUAAAUAUGAUUUAGUUUUUUAGUGCAUCAUUUAAUUUACAGCCCCGUUAAUAACUCAACGAUACGAACGGGUUAAUCGGUCACGUCACAUAUAUUUCGAAUUUACAAUCGUGUCACGAGUGUCCGAAAUUUAUUUGCUAUCCAAAUUCCGUCCGAAUAAUAAUUAUGUCACAUAAACAUAAUAAUUAUUAUUUCGAUAUCACUCGGUCGCUUUUUAAUCGGCUCUUGUUGAGUAACACUAAACGGCUAAAACCCCACGGGGACAACGACAAUAAUAAGUACUAUCGUCUCUAUCGUGAAUGUUACGUGUGUAUACGCGGUGUUAUUGUCUACAUCGUGAUAACAGCUGGUGGUUAUGUGCCUAUAUUGUUUCCAUUCCGAAUAAAGGCAGCAUUAAAAUACCAAUGCUGUCAUUGAUUUUAAACGAAUAAUUUUAAAUCGCUUUAAAUUUCAAGUAAAAUACGUGAUAGUAAUACGAUUGCACUGGUUUUGGACGUUUAUUUAGCCUUGUACGCGAUAUUUACAUUUGUUUAGGGAUUAAAUACCGACUUUAAUAAUCGAUUUAAAAUUUAAACGGUUAAAACGGAUACCUAACAUAUUAUAACAUGUAUAAAUUAUGUGUCUUGACGACGCCCCUGAAAUAAUCUUGCGGGCUAUUAGAAAGACAUAACGAUUUUCUCGGAGGAAUUCAAGUAAAUUUGAUUUCUGUUUUUUCUUCAAUUAUAAUAUAUUAAGCAAUCGUUUAAACUUUAUUGUUUUCAAUUUUUUACCCCUGCUCUUUUAUACCUUAAAUGAGUAUACACAUCAGUGUUUCCAAUAGAAAUCCUAAUUUCAAACACAAAUUCACAUAUAGAGAACAUUUUUUUGAAAAAAAUAGUGGUAAUAAAUUUAAAAAUUUGUUAAAAUAUCACUUCAAUGAUUUCAUAAUGACUAAUGAAAAAAAAAUCUAAUUCACUUAAAAUUCUUCGAGAAAUUUGCUAUGGAAAUAUUUGCUAUCUACUCAAAAUAAAUAGAUCACUGUGUAUAAUAUUCUGCAGUUUCUUCAACGUUUGUACAGCACAUGCUUUUUCAGAUGUCCGAGGACGGUGUUUUCAUUACGAAACAGGGCAAAAUCAAUUUUGUCGAUUUAGCCGGCAGUGAAAUGACCAAGAAGACAAUGAGUGAAGGGAAAACUUUGGCGGAAGCGAACAACAUCAACAAGAGCUUAAUGGUUUUAGGUAAAGUAAUCUUUUGAAAAAAAAAACAAAAGCUGAACAGGACGUACUUCAACACAUCACGGGUAGGCUACUGUGGUAGGUGAGAAGUUCGGAAGGAAUAGUUUGUAUAUAGAGCAGAUUAAAUACUUUAAAUACUUAAAAAUCAUAGUUAAUAUGCAACAAUAAGCGUUACAAAGAAAACCCAAUUCUGAAUUAGGUUUAACUAAUUAAAGCAAUUAUUUUUCCUGGUCAGAGAAACCAAGAAAUCAAUCAAAUUAAACGGAAAACUCAAAAAUUCAAGUGUGAGUUCCAACAAAAAUAUUUAAAUUUAAAAAUCCGGCUUCUCGAUGUCAUUGUUGUUGUCAGUCAUCGUAAGUCCGCCAAUUUUCGAACUUAAAGAUUUAGAAUUAGAUUCGUAGUCCUUUUUUUACUAUCUAUAAAAUGACAACAUAUAAAAAAACCCCCUCAUCGAACACAGAUUUGUAAAACCGAAAAUCGGUAUAGUUUACAAACGAACGUUAACCGAGAUCAUACUAUUUUUGCCGUAACAACAAACAAGAUAUACUCAAUUAUUAUUAACCGCAGAAAAUGAUUAACGGAACGUUUCCAUCGUAAAACAUUUAAUAUACAACUCGUUAAUCCGUUCAAUCGCACAAUAUGUAAAUAUUAAAUUAUUUUAUAUAAUGGUUACACGAUACAUUUUAAACGGGUUAUUUUGCACUUGAAAGUAUUCAUUUUUCGAAACAAUGGGUGCUACGACGUAAUCACCAUCGCGUUUACGCACACUUACAAAACUAUAAUAUAAUGUCAUCGUCAAUAAAUAUUAAUUUCUUUUUCCGUACAUCACGUAAAAAUAUUAAUAAGAAUAAUAUACCGUUAUUUAACCGUCUGCGAUCGAUAUAUGUCACUAUGCGGGGAAUUAUCGCUGUCGAGGUCGACCUUUUGGCGGCCAUUGAAUAAGUAAUGAAAGGGUAUUUUCUUGCGUUGGUCGUCCCCUAUUAGACAAGUUAAAAUGUAAAAGAAACAAACAAAUUACCCUUUGGCGAUCGAUGGUGCCCUUACGCAUUUGGUCAAGUGUCCGUGUGUGCAUACAUAAGUAUACUAUAAAAGGUGUAAAGGUACUAUAAUAUCAGUGCGCCUCGACAUGUCAAACGGAACAGUCGGCCCCCGCCGCGGCACGGGUGGGGGGAACCGACGGGUGCGGGCAAUCGGGACGUUGUUUUAAUCACUGAUAAUACGUAUAUAUAUAAUCAUUAUUUUUUUUUUCUAUACUAAGGCUAUUGUAUAGCGUCACUGAGCGAUCCGAAGAAACGGAACGGUCACAUCCCGUACCGGGACAGCAAACUAACCAAACUCUUGUCCGACAGCUUAGCCGGCACCGGCGUCACGUUGAUGGUAAUGAUAAUAACAUUAUAAAAAUUCUAUCGACAGCCCCCCCCGCGAUCUCUGUUUUUAAUUUUGUAUUUGAUCUUUUCUAAUUAUAAUAAACAAAUUAGAAAACGUACACAAAACGCCAUUCGGAAAAUUAAUAAUGAAAACGAACCCACUUAUCUUAGUCCACAGCACGUUUAGUAAAAUUUUGAUGAUAUUUUAACAAACUAACCUAUAAAAUAUGCUUGAGAACAUAAAUAAAAUUAUGAUAAUUACAAUUCAUACCAACCAACGGAUAUCCCUUGCUACUAGGGCCUGGAUUUCAAUACAAAAUAUACCUUUUUUUUAGUGAUAUAAGAUAAUGAUUUCCAAGGACAUAAUUUGAUUCAUGUAACACAGACUCAAGGUGAAAUAUUUAUUUUGCAAUUUUUUGCAUUUUAGAUUCUGAGUGCAGCGAAUAAGAAGCUUUUAGUUUUACAAAGAUGUUUUUUUUUUCUGUGCGCAACUUUUCUACUAGAAGACUGGCCCGGAUUUCAACAUGUAAACACCUUUUCUGAAAAAUUCGGCAUGGAAAGGUACUUUAAGCAGGUCAAUUUUCGCUUUUCUCAAGAGUUUUCUUAUCAAAUUUGAAAAACCGAAAAACGAGAAAAUAUUCGAAAUAUUACUAAAAUUACUAAAAUUUUACGAUUUUUUUUCAUGUGCAAAACUUUUCUACCUGAAAUUUUGCUCCAACUUUUAAUGAUACCAAUGUUUCUAAUAGGAAAUUUUACUAGUAAAUUACUUUAGAGAAGUAAUUUUUUGAUUUUCUCAGGAGUUUUCCCAGCAAACAUGAAAAACUAGAAUAAAACAUGGGAAAACCGGGAAAAACUUAAGAAAAUUAGAAAAAUCGGUAUAACAUUAAACUAAUAAUAUUAAAAAAAAUAAAUAAAGUCUAUUUAAUUAUUUCACUAUAAAAUGACAUAUAUAUUGUUGACAAAGCAUCACUAUCAACUGAACUCCGCAUACAGGCAUACACAACUCUGUAUACAGGUAUACAUUUAAUUAUCUAUAACAAUGGCUGCACCCGUCCCCAUUAUCCUAGGACGUCUUUUUUUUUUUACCAUUUUUCAUUCAUUUUUGUCGUUUCAUAAUAUAUUUGUAAAAUAUACGAGCAUACUAAAAUAUACUAUACUAUAAGUAUUUAUACAUAAUACGACCAUAUAAUAAAUAUGCUUGGUAUAUUUAACCUAUAAUAUAAAGAAAUAAUUUAAAUUUAAACAAUUCAAAAUAUUACCCAUGUUUUUUUCGGAUUUUCCAGUCAAUUAGUCAAAUAUAGCCUUUUUGCAGUCAAUACUAUCGUCGAUAAUAGUCGCUAUAGUUACAAGUCAAACUUUUUAAUUUUUUUUUUUUAACAAAAUAACACUGCCCUAAAUAACUCAAUAAACUAAUAAAUGUAAAAAAUGUUUACCUUAUAUUUUAAGGACAUUUUCGCGGUAGAAUGAACUUUUAAAAGGCAUUUUUAACUUUUUUUAGUACUUUUUUCGAUGAUUUUUAGUGCAUCUAAAUCCGGGCCCUACUUGUUACUUUUGUAUUUUCCUGAUUACCUACAAUUUCCGUGUCCAUUCUAGCAUAGUUUUUUAAUUUUCCUCCUCCGCAUGGUUUAUCAAAACCCGUCGUGAUUUUUUAUCAACCAGAUUUUUUAUUCAAUCGGGUUUAUAAAUAAACCUAAAUUUCUUGGAGUUGUUACAAGUUUGGACCAACGUGCAACAGGUAUAGGUUAAGUUUCUUCAUUCACUCCUGUUUUAUCUAAAUCCUUUGUAGUUUUACAUAAAGUAGGUUUUUAUUUUAUACUUGAAAUCACUGAAGGAGCCAUUGUCCUCCUAGCAAUCGUCGUAUUUUUUAAUAUUGUUAUCAUACUUGUAAUCGUUUUAUGUUUAUACGCUUCAUUGCUUCAUUUAUAUUAUUUUAUGGUGUAUGAAAUAUAUGUUCAAAUUGUAAUGCUUAAGUAGUAUAUAUUUAAAUGUAGUUAAAGAAAUUAACAUAACACAUAAUUUUGAAUUUAUAAUUUGCUCUCCCCCUCCCCAUUUAAAAAUCUUGGCUAUAUCACUGCCUGACAACCUAUCAAUUUUUAUAGACGAAAAACCGAUCGGGCAAUAAAAUAUAACACCUCCGGUUACCUAUAUUUUCAAAAUAACAAUUAUUUACGUAGCACUAUCAUAAAUUUAUAAUAUACAUUGAAGCACUCUGAUCGACGAUUUAUUUUUGAUACUACCCAUGUGACAGAAUCGUUCAAACUACACAUUUCAAAAUCAAAUAUGACAUGGAUAAUUUUAAAUUUUAUCGGUUUAUCCGAUUUUUUUCGAAUCGCAAAUAUGAUUAAUAUUUUAUAUUUUAUAUUAAUAUUUGAGAUUUGAUUAAAACCUCUUCUCCGUCAGGGACGGCCUAAGUCUUUUUUUUUCAAUUAACGAAUUUUUAUUUUCAAUAACAUUUUAAAAGUACAACGAACCUAAAACACUCAUAUUAAAAUAAUAACAAUAAUACAUUAUAAACCGGUAAAACUAUCCGUCACGUAAUAAUAAGUGUCUGAACAAAUAUUAAUCAGAAUACUUUUUUAAACGUGUAUUCCACCCGGCGUUUCCAGUCAAUUAUAUUUAUAUAACAAUUGGCAUACAAACGAUUGACAUUAGUGCGCGGACUGUGUUGACACAUGUCGAAAUAUUUGCUUUAUUAAGUCAUAACGAAGUAAUCAUUUUCUUUUUUUUUUCAUUAUAAACAGAUAGCGUGUGUUUCGCCGGCGAAAUCGAACGCCAGUGAAACGAUCAGUACGUUAAGGUAUGCGGCCCGUGCGAAAAAAAUCAAAACGAAACCAGUGAUCGUCAUGGUAAAUAAUUUAUAAUUUUUUUUAAAUUUAAUUAGUAAACAACUAAAAUUAAAAUAAUUAUUGCACGUAGAUUAAUUUUUUUUUUAAGUAAAUUUUGUCACAAAUUUUUAGUAAUUUUUGAACAUAAAUUAUCAGAAUUUCAUAUGGUUGAUAAGCUAUCUACAUUCUAUAAAGAUAUGGAAUUGGAAAACGCCAGAAUAUCCCAAACUAUAAAAUUUGCAGUAUGUAUUACUCCUUUAAAGUUGGUUUAUUUCAAUUUUUUCAUCAAUUAACGGGCGUGCAGUGUUUUAUGAUAAUCAAAUAUUUUUAUCAAUUUAUAUGUUAGUUGCUCUUGCCUCUGAUUGGAUAACGGUGAAAACGCUGAAAUUACAAAAAUUAUAAAAUUACCUAAAGGGACCGCAAUAGUUACAAUGGUUCAGCUUCUAUCACUCGAUGUGCAAAAAUAAAGCAACUUACAGUCAGGGCAGAUAUAUGGAGUUUCACCUAGUCAGGAAAAGAUCAAUAAAAAAACCAAGAAAGCAAUGGGUUUACGAGAUAAGUCGGGAUUUAUGAAUAUAUUAGAUGGAUUGGAAAUCGUCUUGGAUAGUCGGAGAUAUGGAAGGCGUUAUCAGUAGUGGUUAAGGCUCUCUUGGAAAGUCGGGAAACCAAAAGGAAAAGAAAACUCAUUCGUGGUAGUUUUAUUUUCUUUUGGAGUUUUUUCCCUUGAGUAGGUUAAAUGGUUCUAUAGAGAAAUAUUAAGUUUGUUUUCUCUAUUCCCGAACCAUUUCGAUAGCAUAAUUUUUAGAAAAAUCAUUCUAUAUAUUAUACCGGUGGGGGAGGGAGAAGCAAAUAGAAUCAUCAACACAUUAAUGCCUACACUAAAGACGAGACUUUAAACGUUUAAACGACACUAUAAAAACACGCGUUAAUUUACUAUUUCAUAUUAUUAUAGUAAGUAAAUAUAGCUAAAGCUAUACGUUUAUUCGUAUACGUCAUAAAUCAUUACAAUAGUGACAAAUAACUUUUGACAUGCUCUCCACUAAAUAGAAUACUUGUUUUCGUCAUGAUAUAUGGCUUUCAAAUGUUUCCGGUCGCUUAGUUUAAAAUAAACACGACACGAACUCACACCAUAUAAUAUACACGCUUUGACUAUUCGUGUGACAAAAUGUCAUUAUUAUAUUUUAACUACAUAUUUAUUAUCAUCAUUUUCGUCAAAAUUAUUAUUGAUUCAACGUUGAAUAAACGUAAAAAGACCAACGCGUUCGCAUAUUCCUAUUCCCUGUGUAAUUUUUAACCGUUGCGCGAGGUUUUACAUAUUUCACGUCUAAGAUAAAAUGCAUUAAAAAAAAAAACCUUUUGAAAAUAUUUCGUUCAUAAAACAAUUAAUUUAGUUACAUUAAAUGAAGAUAAAAAAAAAGGUUCAACUUUACUUGUUUUUUACCGUUUCUUCAAAAUGAAGGUACUAUUCAUAAUAACCUAAAAUGUGUCGAGUUAUCUAGAUUUUAGGCCAUAAUUAACUAAAAUUGUAUUUAAUCGCGUUGCAACUUCCAUACGGAUAAUCGGAUUUGUCUCGUCGAAACACAGGAAACGCGAGAAUAAUUUUCUCUCUCAGAAAUAAUCAAAACAUAAAUUUCGUCGAAAUGUAAAGCUGUCGGGUACAGAACCAUUCAAUUUCUCGUUUUGAAUUUCGCGGUAUUAUACCCAGUACAAAUUCAAAACCCCAACGAUUAAUUCUUAUUAAAUUACCAAAAGUCCAAAAAUUACCAAAUUUGUUUUGACCAAAACCAUUGGCAUGACGUAAAACGCAUUCCCGUUCUCUUAGAGUUUUUUUUCUUCGAUUUUCCCACAUCAUCAAUAAAAGUGCAAUACUUAUAUCAAAAAAUGACCUCUUAAAUUCAUUGCAAUCAAACUCUGAUUUGCAAUCAGAAACCGUCUUAAAUUUUGAUACAGUUGAAGCUAAUGUCUCUGGUCGAAAAUAAUUUCACAGAGUUACGAAAACAAAACACAAAAUUACGAAAUUCACACAUCAUCAUAAUGUGUGUUAUUAUAUUUCUAGUGACUAAUAAAACCAAUAAAUUCCUCGCUCCACUCAGAAUUUAAAAUACGUGUUUCGGUUUCAUCUACCCUUAAUUUCGAUUAUUACCGCCGAGAGUAAAAAGUAUAAUAAAUUAUAUUUACAAUCACAAAUCUAUCAUUUUUGCGACAAAAUCGCAGAUAUACAAUAAUGAUUACAUUCAAAGUAUAUUCAUGUUGUGAAGUAAUUAGGUUUUUUUUAUACAAUUAUACCAUGCUUAUAAUCAUCAUAAAUUAUCGUUUAUCGAAAACAAAAAAUAUAGGUAUAUUUAGAAAAAAAAAUACAAUCAUUCGGGCGAAAUAUAAUUAUUAUUUCGUUCCUGCUGUUUUAGAUUAAUUUCACGCCCCUAUUGUCAUCACGAUGUGAUAUCUAUUUUCGUUUUUGCGAAUGUUACAAUGUUACUGCCGAUAUACACCUGUCCUGCUCGUAAAUUAAACACUAUAAUACAGGGUAGUCCUACAGUUUAAUAUCUAAAGAAAGGUGUAAUAAACGAAACUACCACGUUAUGCGAUAGCAAAUCGUAAUAUGAAAUAAUAGAACUGUCAAAAGGUAAUCAUUUUUAUAAUAAACGGGUUUUCAUUAGAAAUUCUUAAAACAACUAAUAAUAAAAAUCUAUUAAUCGAAUAUGAAUGUAUGGUUCAUUCAAAUUUGUAAGAUAUUACAUAAAAUUGCUAUUUUGGUAAUUUUAAAAACAGAAAAAAUAAAAAAUAAUUUUUUUCAGCGAUUGAGGGAUGAAAAUAAAAAUUUAAUUUUUCUCUACAUUUAUACCCGUUCAAAACAAAACUCAAUUGAGAAAAAUAUUUUUAAAAAAAUGAAUAUUACAAAGUUAUUAGCAUUCGAAUAACAUUGUGGGGACACCCUAUAUGCCAUAAUAUUAUUCGUCCUUCCUCUAUAGAACAGGUCAAAGAAACGAAACGGUGUAGGAAAAAUAUAAUAAAACCGUGUAAACUUCGAACAAGAAAUAAUAUAACUACACUGACUGUAUUACGUAGCGGUUAUACAAAUUUCAUGUGCACAGUCACAUAUACUCAAUUUCUACCAAUCCGAACAGCCAAUCGAAUAUUUUUUAUUAUUUUACUAUGUUUUUUUUUUUUUUUUUGUUAACAGCUUUUCUACCAAAAAUUUUGUUCUUAUUUUUAAAUGUAACAUGGUUUUUUUCUUAGUACAUUGGAAAAGUUAUUUCCAUAUAGGUUUUUUAAUUAGGAAAACCUGAGAAAAACGAAAUAAAACGACGGUUUCUUUAUUUUUAUUUUUUUUUUUUUUGUAAUUUGGUUAACAACUAUCGUAGAGUGUCAUAUUUUCGGAAUAUCUAUUUUAGGCAUUUCUAGACAUGGUAAAUGUUCAAAAUAUACUAGCUUUUUUGAACUCUCUAAAAGCAUUUAACAUUUUCUAGUUGUGUGGUUUUCAUUUGGUUUCAUACGGAUAAAAUUGUUUUGACCUAGCAGAAAUAUUGAAAAUUUAACACAAGGUUUAUCAUAAGUCCAGCGUAAUGCGUAAUGUAGUCGGUUUUUAAUAAGAGUUUUAAGUUAAAAUUUUGACAAAAAUCACGGCAUUUCAAAAUACGUUUAACUGAAUAUCGUUCAGAAUCGUUUUUCGUAAACAAUUAUUAAUUAUUGCAUACAGAUAUAAAUUAAAUUAAAUUAAAUUAAACUUCCUACAUACAAUAAUGGCAUACCCAUCAAUAGUAUUAGCUUUUUUUUUUGUAUACUCAUUAGUUUAUACGAAUAGAAAUAUUAGUAUAAACAAAGAAUACAUUUAACACUAUCUAUCUCACUUAUUACAAGUACAAACAUGGAAGAAGAUCAAUUUAAUAAGCGUACUUUUAUUUUCAAUGAAAAAUAAAAACAAAGCCGUUUUAUUAAAAUGAUUUAUAACAAAUAUAGAAUAGUGUCUAAUUCUCUGUCUACUACAGUGAUUAUGUACGAAAUCUUUUUAGGGAGAUUUACUAUUUUCCUAUUUAGGACGGUUUAAAUAAAUUACUCUAAUAAUUGUAUAACGUGUAAGAACCAUCAAAAAAAUAUUUAUAUUAUGCUGCAGGACCCUCGAGAGGCGUUGAUCGUCACUUUGAGGCGUGAAGUGGAGGCGCUACAGAACGAAAACGACCAUCUGCGUAAAGCAUUGGACAUUACCAAAGCGACGUCAGCAACUAUAUCGAGUAAGUAACUCAUUGAUGUAGUUUUCCGAUCGUGGUGCAGUGGUGUUUCCAAUGAGUUCUAGGGCAGUAAAUGCUAUCCUGAACUGUUGGUGGGUAGUGAUUGUAUGAGUGAUGGUCCAAAAACACCUAAACAUUUUACUUGAAAUCAUAAUUAAUAAUUAAAGAAAAUAGGUAAACUAAUGUUAAUUUGAUUUAAAGUAAUUAGAGGGCGAGGAAUAAAAUAGACAUAUUCAAUUUGAUACUUCGAUUUAAUCUUGAGUUCGCCACUGCGUUAGUGUAGGUUUUCAUUUAUCUUUAUUUUUUCUAUGCAGAUUAAAGUAAUUAAACUGUUUGGGUUAUGAAUAUUUUUAAACAACCAAAUUUUCACUAGAGAAAUAAACAAAAAAUAAAAAUGACGUCUUGCACUGCGGGCAACGUUGAUUUUCAUUUGUUGGAUAUCGAUUUAUCACUAUAUUAUAUUAGUAUACAAUACAGAAAAAGUUAUUCAAGUAAAUAUAAACAAUCAUAUCAAAUUUUAAAAUAGCUACAAUAACUUUUUCGUAUUUCCCAAGUGGCAAGUGGUAUUAUUUUUGGUCUUGCGAAACAAUUUUUUUUUUUCAAACAAUUUCGUAGACGUCUUCAACUCUUUAGUAAUAAUACAACAAACACAACGGAAAACGGCGGCAGCGACUGUAGUAUUAAAAAUAACGAUACCGUCACAAAACCAUAACCUUUCAACGUUUUCUCUAUUUAUUAUGUAGACGUGAAAAUGCCGCCCAACAUGGACAUGGACCGGUUAAUACAAAUGGACCCCAAGGAGCUGGUAGACUUGGUAAAACAUUACGCCAACGAGAAUGAAGCGUUGCGCCGCGAAAACGCCGAAUUAUUCAACUCCAGGGACCUAUUACAGAGGGACCACGAAAUCGUGUGCCGGGAAAACGAACGAUUGUUGAAGAAAUUGGAAGACGUCAACUCGUAAAUACGUUUGAAAACGACAUAAUAUCGAUUUUGUGAUUUUGUCUUUCUUCCUAUAUAUUAUAUAUAUAUAUAUAUAAUUUAGUCUCUCUCGUGAUGACAAUAAAAUGUUACGAGCGUGUGUACGUGUGUUUGUGUUUUCUUGCUUGAUUACUAUUUAUUUAUUUGUUUGUUGUUUUUUUUUUUUUUGCUAUGCCUUUUUUAUCACUGUCUUGUUUACCGUCUGCGGCACAUGUCUUUUUCGUUUUAUUGAACUUUUAUUAUAUGUUCUACAACUUUAUCACAACUGCAUUUUAAUAUAAUACGAGAGUAUAAGUACUAUGUUUCUGCUGACCGGAAAUAAAAAUAAACCGACAAACAUUAAAAUACAAUCAAAUACUAGAAUCACAUUAGAAACAAAAAAUCGUUUAAUUAAAGAAAAACAAAACACUGCAGCUGGCGUGAUAUAGGUCGUAAUAUUACAGUUUUUCAUUCGUACUUCUUAACAUUAAUAUCGUCACUUAAGAAUAGCAACACCACUAAGCUCAUAUGGUGGUCAAGUUGAAUCGACGGUGGCAUUGUUUCAUGUAAAAUGUUAAGAUUAAUGAUUUGAGGUGUUAAAAUGUAUAAUAAAGACAGCACAGCACUUCUUAGUCGAAUAUUUGAUGAGGAUCACACAAUAACGUAUCUAAAUAUCUCAGGACAACACUGUCUACAUAUUCCUAGACCACUAUGCAUCUUUACUCCAGAAUAUGAUUAAUUAUAUAUAUAUUAUUUUAGCCAACUUUCAUUAUGUCCCUAACCUAUCUAUAUAAAAAUAGAGAUAUACGAAAUAUAACUGCGUGUUAUCUUUAUGAACUAUAUGUGUUUUUUGUGUUCUCCUGUAAAAUUGAGAAAAAUUUUUUCUCUUUAGACAUUUACAAUUUUUACUGGUAAAAACAUAAAAAAACAUCACGGAAAACAAAAGAUUCGAUCUUCAUCUUAGAUUUAAUUUUAGGAGAAACAACACCAUUUACAAAAUCAAAAGACGCAACAUUUUCGCAGAAAAUAAUGACAAAAUAAUAUACAUUUUAAGCACAUUCAGUGUGUUUAUGAUAGUUUUGUUCAAUUCUUUUAAAACAAAUUUCAAACCAUAUUACCUAUAAUUUUAAAAAGGAAUGAUAUGUUUCAUUUUUUACUUUUUUCGGUUUAUACUACGCGGGAUAUGGUCAAAUUUAUGCUCUGAACCCAUACUUUAAUUACGAUAUAUUAACGUUUUCCGAAGUCAUGUUUUUUUUUUUUUUUUUUUGUAUACUAGUCACCUUAAGAGGACGCUCCUAUUCCAAUCUAACUAAAAAACAUCAUAACAAAAUUACAUUACUGUUAACUUAUAUUAAAGGGUUUGGGUUGAAAUUAGAGUUUAAGCGCAAACAAAAAAAUUUACGUAAACUUUACAAAACUGCAGUACGCAUGUCGAGGCCUUUUUGAUAACAAUACCUAACACACAUCUACAGUGACGACAAUAAUACUACCACGGCUUCGGCGACACGCCGCCACACAUCGCAAACCCCACGACAUCACUGAAAUCGUAAUACAUAUAACAGUAAACAUAAAUUUUCAGGGCGUGUAUAAGAUCUCCAAUUAUCCCGGCUCGCGGUCAGUAUAUCGACAAAACGGAAACGAUCCCGACAAAAACGCAGUAUAAUAUCCAUACGGUGAGUGUGCAGUAUAAUAAACAGUUGAAUCCGAGUAUAUUUCAUAAUAUAAUAUUAUUUAUUAAACAUUAGUUAUAACGUUGCACUUCAAUAUCAACAAAAAAUUGUCAAACUCUGCACAACAGAAAUGGACUACUCCCUCCUCCAACAUAUGUCAACGCUCCAUAAACCUCUCACCCCUUCACAUUACCUGAGGAAAAUUUGUUUUAAAAAUUGUUAACCUUGAAAAUGCUUUAGCAACGAUGGGUUAUGAUUAAUUUAUUCUUUGAGAAAUCCUCUGACCCAUUAUUAUUUAUUACACGAUAUAAUUAUUGUGUAAUAAAUAAUAAGUACAAAGCAUAUUAUUAUCCACGUUUUGAAAUGUUAAUUUUCGUUAUAUUUGAUGCAAAUAAUACCUGGUCAAAUAUCUAAAAAUAUUCUUUUCGAAAAAGUCUUCGUUGGAGACUGGAGGUCAAUGACUUUAAAUUUAAUACCGAUAAAAUGCCAGUAACCUACUUUUCCGUAUAUAAUUGGCAACAUUUAUUUUUCCUAUGACAAAUUAAAUAAAAAAAUAUUAUUGAAAUUAUAAAAAUGCUUAUUUUCCUAUACUGAUAUUCAAACUGCGGAAACGUUGUUUCUCAAUAUAUAAUCUUAUAUAAUGCAUUAUAAAUUGUAAUUUUUAAUGUUUUAGGUAGACAAAUAUUAAAUAAAUUGAAUUAAAACUAAAUAAACCAUAUUAUAUUUAUAUAAAUACAUACCACUAUAGAAUUUACAUAAAUUUACAUCACUACCUAAAAGGCCUGCACCAUACAUAGCGGUUAAAACGUCGCGUUGCUCAUUUACAGGAUCGAUUUGUCAUAUUAUAAAUUAUUUAUUCAAUAUUAUGAUUUUAAAAAAUCUGGAGAAUGUGUAAAAAAAAUGUGGUUUUUUACACUAUUUUUUUUUUAUACAAUAACAAUAUACAAAUAUAGCCACUCGAGAUCUAAAUCCCAAUGACUUUUUAGUCUCAAUCAGCCCGUAGUGAAAAAAAAAGAUCAAUACAAAUACCUAUUUAUCAUUUUAGAACUGCGUGUAAAUUUAGAAAAGAACCCUAAAAAUAUAAUGCUUUCCAAUAUAAUGAACAGGUACAGUAUUAAUCUUACGAAAGACACUUUCAACGAGUGUUUUAUACGAAACGGAAAUAAAAUGCACAACAUAUUCAAGCGGCCAAAUGCACUGCUGUGCAAAAGGCCUUUUUGCCGAUAAUCUACGAAGACUUCAAAUCCAAUUAUUAAUAGGAAGCCAAACUCGCAUUUACUGUAGCUGUCUUACAAACGUACGACAUGAAAAAUUUGAGUUCAGUAAUACAAAUUGUGUGCCGUUAAUUUUAAUAUUAAAACGAAUUGAUCAAUUACCGAGGAAAUACCACAAUUCAAAAAUGAUUAUAUCCCACUAAAAUAUUAAAGUAUCGAAAAAAAAUCAACAGAUAAUAUUCUUACCUUUAAGUUUGUUAAUAAGCCAAUUCGCUUUAAGAUUAAAAUUAACGGCACCAAUUUUGUCCUACUAAACACAAAAUUUGCUAUAAAAAACACAUUAAAUAGAACAUCGUAUAACUCAAUUUUAUAUUUUAUUAAUGCAAUACUCUCGAUCCGACACCGUUUUUAUUUGAAAUAAUAUUGUUGGCAUAUUAAAAUAUAUUAUAUACAGAGCGGAAAGAAAAUCAUAGUCUAAAAAAUAAUAUAAUUUUCGUGUUUGAUGAAUGAAAAAUUAAACCGUAACAAUUUUUUUCCGCCUUCUACAGAGUAAAUAAAUGUUUACCACAAAUAAAUCAAUUUGAUCAAUUUAAUUGAUAUACAUAAUAUAAUAUGCAAUUUCUAAAUACACAGUUUUACAAUAAAAAGGUUAAACAUGUUUGUACUCUUUUUCAAAGGUUUAACAACAGAAAAUUACGUUUAUAGAAAAAAAUACCUACUUUGUACGAUAGUUGGGCCACUAUUGUAGGUGAGAAGUUGGGGGAGGAGAAAUUUAAUGUACUUAUAUAUCUGUAUACAAAGAUUAAUCAUUACUAACGAAAAACGAUUCUGUUCGAAGUACGGUUAUAUAUGUUAUAAAAGGCCGUAAUAUUUACGAUUUUAAAAUAAUAAAUUUGAUUGAAAAUCGGAGUAAAACGUCUAGUAGAAAAGUUCACAGAAAAAAAAAUAAACAUCAUUAUAAAAUCAAUACAUUCCUCGCUUCACUCUGAAUCUUAAAUAUGAAAUAUCUACGAAAAAAUUCCAUUCAUAUCAUAAUAUUUCAAUAGGAAACAUUAUACUUUGCAUUGUACAUUCCUAAAGAAAACUGUUGUAAUAUAAUUGUAUAUGUUUGAACAUUUCGUUGCAUUCUGUUUCAGUGGCAUGUUUAUGGAAGAGAUAGGUCAUCUUUAAAAUAGAUAUUAAAACGCUAUUAAUUAUUUUUGGAGUUAAAUAAAUGGGAUAAAUUUUCAUUGAUACUGUCUUUAUUAUUUGUUCUAAAAAAUUAAUUUUGUUAAUUGAUAUGUUUGAUAACAAUAAUUAAUAUUAUUGCUAAAAAUUGUUGAGAAACUACAGUGUAAACUGAAGAAGUGACUCAAUUGACAAGUGAAUCAAUUAAAUGUUUUUCAAUACAUUAUACUAUGGUAUAUUAUUUACCUUUUGACGAAAUCCAAAUUGAGAUACUGAAAAGACAACAUUAUAUUUAUUACCAUAGAAAUUUCAGCAAUUUUUAAUUUGUAUGAUUUUGAUAGCCCCAUGGUACUUAUAUAACAAUAUUAUUUAAACAAACAAAUCUUCGUGUGAUUAUUUUCAAAUUAAGCCGUUUAACGUUAAUAUGAUUAUGAAAUAAAAAAUUAUAGCGUUUUUAAAAUAUCAAGUUUAGCAAAAAAAAAAUGAUAAUAAUAACAAAGCUCAACCUUUAUUACUAUAGUAUAAAUACGCUAAUUGGUAGUUUAAUUAUUUAAAUACAUAAAUUUAUAUUUCUAUACCUUUUAAAAAUUAGUUGUCAUCGUAAAAAUCAAAUAUUUAAUAUUUUAAUUAAUUAUAGUAGAUAUUUUUUAAUAAAAAAUCAAAUUAUUUACUCCAGCAGUACUUUUUAAGGUUCAUCUUAGUCUUCCCAUACAGAAUAACCUUCUGAAAAUUGUAUUGGUAUUUAUCUCGUAGUAAUCUCAAUAUUAUCUUAUCGAUAAACUGUUAAGCCUGUUUCGAUAAAAUAAAUAAAUAAAUCAUCUCUUUUAUUUCAGAAAAAUAAUACGUCUGCAGAACGAGAUAAAAGGGAAUUGCCCGAGACUUACCAAAGAGAAAUAGACAUCAAAGGAAUCGGCAGGACGUACGGGUAUUUAAACGGACAGUUUUUUUUUUUUACAAAAUGCACAUUGAGUACGAAUUUUUUAUUUCAGUAUAAGUAAUAUCCUGGGUUCUUUGAAAAACCGCGAGAAAACGUCGUCGAGCAGCAAAAAGCCGUCGACAAAACAAACUUCUACGACACCGAGGUACAAUAAAUAAGACGAUAAUGAAUUCGAUAUUUCAUUGAAAAUCAGAUGACAUAAAUACAACAAAUUAUUUUCUUUAAUGUGUCUCAUGAAGGGGAAAUACGAGUUAUUAAUCCAAAAUUAAUGAUAUUAAAAUAUCAUAUUAUUAUUAUUAUUCCAAUUGAUUCAAAUACACAAAAAUUGGAUUAUAAUAUCUAGGCUGUAGCAUAUAUAUAGAAUAUUAUCAUAUCAACUGGAAUUCCCGCAGGAAUUCCAGUAAAUAAGUUUACAAUGGAAACUUCAACAUUUUCCCAUUGUAUAAUAUAAUUAUUAGUCUUGCGAACUUUCUGCAUGGAACUAUAAAGUAUAGAAAAGUUUUCUACUGGUGGCUUUUAAGGAUGCGCGUAUAUUGCGAAACUCGUAUAUGAUACUAUAAUAUUAUAUUAUUUAAAAAUUAAAAAUGAUAAUUUUAUAAUUGUAUAAUAUCUAACGAACUAUAAAAUCUGCAGUUUAAAUGCACUUUUCAAAAAAAAAAGUUUGUAAAUAUAAAAAAUCUACAGUAUAAACGGUAAAAAUCGUACACUUUUAACUUUACGUAUGUAUUAUAUAAAAUAAAGAAAUUCGAUUCUCUAAAAUAGUCAUGCAAACAUUUUCCGUUGAUAAACGUAACAUUAACAUGGCACUAAAAUUCAAAUUAUUUAACACCAGUCACUCUUCAAUCCAAUCUCUAAUUUCGUGAAACGCGCUAUAGUACUUAUAAUAAUACGAAGUGGAGUAUUUACGGUGGUGUCCUAAGAAAAAUGCUUGAUCAAGAGCAUUUGUCGGCCCAAAAAUUAAACCCCCUAACUGUGCAUCCCAUAAAUGGAAAGACAAUCUCAAUAUAAAAAAAAGAAAUCUAGCACAUAAAAAGCAAACUCACCUCAUAUUUCAACAUUGAAAAUGAAGAAUUUUUUUGUAAACAAUUAUUUUAUUACCAUGUUUAAGCAAUCAUAGGCGUAUGUUUUAAAAGUAACAAAUUGAUUCAAUAAUUUUUAACCAAAUUUUACAUAGGCUUCCACUAGACGCAUUGUCUAAUACAAUUAAAUAUUUAGAAAAAAUUGACAGUGAAUGAAAUGGCUUACUAAUGGUUUCUUUUAUUUUUAAAAAGCGAAGAUUUUCGAAAAUAUUUUUCAAGCUCUAUUUUUGGCCUCAUUAAUUUUUUUUUAAAUUCUUUUCUUUAAUUAUUUUAAUGAUUAAUUAAAAUGUUGAAAUAAAAUUGGUUAAAAGGCAAAAGCACAAUAUUACAUUACCAUUAAGUUGUAAUGCUAACCAAAAAUUUAUAUAGUAACCGUUUAAAAUCUCUGAUCUUAACGGUUAACAAAUAAUUAUCAGAUAAUGACAAUGAUUACAUACUUAGGAGAAACAAACAAACGAUCAAAAAACAAAGCCGAUUCACACUUGUAGGGUGCAACACAACAGUCACAAUUAUCAUCCAGUUCACAUAUGACCAACCAACAACGACAAACACGCACUUACCUUCUUCUACUUCUUCCAUGACUUUUGCCUUCAAGACCAUAUCAUCCAACAAAUUUGUCUCCAGAUUUCUCUCUCCAAUAAUAACCCCUUCUAUAUCAUCCUGGUCUCACUUACUCCGCGUCUUCUUUGACUCUAUCUUCUCAUCUUAUUUUCAGCCUUCCAAGUAGUCGAGUCUUUUGUGUUGCAUUCUCCUGUACUAUUCUUAACAAUGAUCCUUCUUUAUAUCGAGAAUAUCCUAUCCACUUAAGCCUUCCUUUGGUGAUAUCUUCUGUAAUGCUUAGGCUUUGAUACAAUUCCCGGAAUUCCUUGUUUUUAUGUAUUCUCCAUUCAUCUAUAGAUUCAUCUUUGCACGGUCCAUACAUUUUUCUCAGUAACUUCCUUUCAAACACUGACAAAAUAUUUCUAUACGUUUCUGAUCCAUAUAUCACAACUGGCUUGAUAAGUGUCUAGUAUAUUUGGAACUUUAAAUUUCUUGAAAUUAAUCCAGAUCGUAAUAAUUUUGUUAAGCCAGAAAAAUAACAUUUAUUGCCAGCUUGGAUUCUUGCUCUUAUUCCCAUGCCUAUUUCAUUCUGCUGUGUUAUCAAAGCACCUAGGUAUUUUAACUGAUUUCCUCUUCUGAUUGUGUUGUUUUCGACUUCUAAGCACUCAUUACGAUGAUCUUAUGCACUUACUUACACUAUUUUAAACCGAUAUUAGUUUGAUUUUUGUUUCUAUCAGUCGGACUUUUGUAUUUUAAUCACUUUUUAGCACGGGAAGGAUGCGUGUUAUCGAAUCAAAAUUUUCAUAAAAUUAUUUUUUCUCAUCACUUAAAAAAAAUGUAUAAUUUAAAACUCAAUUAUUAAGUUUUUUUAAAUCAGCCUAAUACAUACAUAUUUAUUUAUUGAUUGAUUCUAUUAUACAGAUACAUAUAGAAAUUAAGUAAAUUUCAAUUAAAUUGACAGACAGACACCGACAAACCGUGUCAUGGAGCGCCAUACAAGUUUAAAUCAAGCUUUACAAUACAAAAUAUAUAUUUUUAUCGCGCAUUCAUAGUUCAUAAUCGUAUUCCUAUUUAUACUAUAUUCGGCUAUCCUUGAUAAUAGCGAAUAUAUAAUUAUAUUAAUAUAUUAUUAUCGCAUUCUUAUAAUAACGAAAAGUUAUUUCAAAAUAUCCAGUCAGGUUGGAUUUUAUCCAAAAAUAAGUUAAAUAAUUAAUAAUAACGUCAACAUCGGACAAAAAUACUUUAAAAAUUAGAAUAAAUUCGUAAAUAACAAAUUUAGAAUAUAAAAUUAAUUCUUUUCAUAGGGUGGGCACCCAAAUGCACUACUCUAACACAAGGAGAUGAAUUUUCUUUCAGCAAAUAGUUGCUCAUCGUAUGCACGUCCUCAAAAACCGAAGCAACUAGUGAGCCACAAAAAAAAAGUUGUGCGACAAAAAGUACCCAAUGUGCUCCCACAAUACCAACUCUUAAAAUUUAAAAAUUUGAAAUAAAUUAUAACUUGGGAUAUAUAUUUGUUUUAAUUUAUUCAUGGCUAUUUUGAUUUUUCAUAAACUCAAGAGUGCCCAGCGCCCAAAUUAAGGAUACGAACUUACCUACCCUUAUAUCUAGCACUGCUAAAGGGUACUGGAAUCCCUAAACAAUCUAAAAAGAAAACAAAUCACUUAAAUGGUCCUGCUUUAUAGUGUAUUAAUAACUAAUAAGAAUAGAAAUUUUACAUAUAGUCGUGUCGUUGUGCUAUUAAGUUUCUAAGCUGCAACGAUAAAGGCAAGGAUUUCAUUACACAGAAAAGCUGAUUAUUGAUGAAUAAUAUUUAAGCAGUUAGACGAUUUGAAUUCAAAGACAUUUAUUAUAUUAAACCUCUCUAAAAACCUUCACAGUACGUAAAUGUUAAUAGCUAUAGACCCCCCACCACCCGAAAAAAAAAUGUUUGAAAAUACGCCACUAUAUUAUAUACGUCAUUUUAAUCGAUUUCCCGAAAAAAACAUUUUAAACAUUUCAUUUGAACGUAUUUAUCUAUAAGUAUAUCUAUAUAUACUUACAAAAUUCGAUUUAAGUUAAGUAGAUAGAUGUGUUGUAAUAUAUCAUUGUUACGGUGAUAAAAUGUCCAAACACCAGCUAAUCUUGAAUUUAACCAGGGUCCACGUCUCGGUCGAUGUCCGAAUUUUAAGCUUUAGACGACUGAUGUGAAUAGUAAUGUAUUUCUCUAUCUCUAUUCACUAUAUUAUUAUUAAAAUGUAGUUGUUUCGACAUAUUAUUAUUAUAUACCUACCUAAUAUCAAAAUGGUUAGUGAAGCAGUAUAUAUAUUACAAUAUUAUGACUUAUAACUAAAGACCGAAUUUAUUUGCAUUUAAAACACAUAAAAGUUGCAUUAAUAUGCAAUUAUAUAAUUGCACCAAAAAAUACCUUAAAGUUGCAUAAUAAAUUGCACUGUAAAAAUGCAAGAGUUAGAAAAUUAGAUAAAUGUUACUUUUUUUAAUUAAAAUUGAUAAUUAGAUACAUUUCUAAAUAAUUUUCAUUAAAAUUAAAUCUUUUAUUACUUAAAAUAUAUUUGUGCAAAGAAAAACUACGUUCUACGUCUACACUAGUUAUAUUUUUUUUUUUUUAAGUAACCUAAUUAUUGCCCAAUACAAUUUAGCUCGAAAAUCGAACUAGAGAAAACAAAAAUCGAACAAUUUUUUUUCAUUAAAAAACGAUAGAAACGACCCACAAAAAUUCAGUAAAAUAUUUGGGCAAUUCGACUUUAAUUUUCAUAAAAUACCGGUUAUCUAUAGUUUAUUAAUUAAUAAUAUAAAAAGAGCAGGACUCUUUUUAUUCGACAUUAAAAAUCAACUUUUUGGCUAACCAUAACAUAACACGAGUUCUUCACACAUUGUAUAGUAUAGUAAGAUGCGUGCAUAAAAUCGCAUUUUAUUAUUUUAAUAUUUUCGAAAUAUUACCCUGGUAUCAUUCAGGAUUUCAUAAAAACGUAAUAUUAACAACUACUUUUUAGUUUCCGAAAACAGCGUCCCAAUCGCAGAUUAAAAUGGCGGGAAAACGUCAUUAAAAUGUUUUUACACAAAAAACAAUAAUAUCCGCGAUAAAUACGUACGUUAUAACAUUUCAGAAUGUAUCCGGAGUACAAGGAAAUGUUUUCCAAACACGGAUAUUGGAUUAUGAAAUCUAAAUGGUUACCGCUUUAUAUAAAUUGCUGGUCCGUGAUAACAAAAACAAAAAUCACCCUGUACAAUGUACAUGCACCAUGAUAUUAAUACGAGUCGGUUUCAUAAAAUAUUAUAACGCACCGCACGCACACGGGGUGCGAAAUUCUCGAGAGUCGUAAAUAUCAUUACCCGCGUAGUCCACGUGCCGAUUUUUUUUUUCUCCGGCCGAACGCCGUGUUCGGAUUAUAUAAGUGAAUUACAUUAUUAUAUCUGUAUCGCGUAGUGGUCGUGUGAGGAAAAAAAAGAAUUAAAGAAAAGGUCGCGAGAUGUGGUCGAAAGGAAAGAAACGCUGAUUAUCGUACAUAUUACAUAAUAUAUAUCAUGCUAUUGUACCUACAUCAGUUUAAUCUCAAACCGUGCGGGAGAAUGGAAGAGUCUCCGAUGAAAGGAGGUGGGGGGGUUGGUGGAGAGCCACGAGAUUAUUUUGUUUUAUCGGAAGAAUCGAUAAUUUGUUUUUGUGGUUAAAAUAAAAAAGAAUAUUAAUACAUUAACCCUCCAUCCAUCCGCAGUCGGGUAAAAAAAGGUCACUUGAAAAAUGUUGAAAGGGACCCGUGAGUUUUUUUUUUCGAGGAUCUGAAUAGGGGGCGUGUAUUUAAAAAGAUCGGAAAACACUGCUAGUGUCACUUUUUAUUGUUAUACGCAGCACGCGUUGGGAAUCGCAAAAGUGUCGUUUGUCGGAAGUUAAAUAAUAAUAAAUCUACCUAUUUUUCGUACGAACAAUAUUCAAAAUGUAUGGGUGUUAACACAAUAUAAAAAUAUUAUUGUCGUAUACCCUAAAUUAUCGUAUUCAAAGGGUCAAAGGGUACAUAGGUAUAUGUUGACAUUCAAGGUCGACACAAUGGGUUGGGAAACUUGGAUGAACUAUGGGGCCUCGAGCCUUUCGAGAAAACCGGCAUUUUUUAUUUAUUUUUUUUUUUGAGGCUAUCGCAAAAUAGUUCUGAUUUUUAAAUGCGGAUAGGUACACGAAUUUCCAUUUUGUUCACGACGAACGUAAUUAAUAUCGUUACCAUUGUAUUUCAAACUAUGCACUAAAAAAUAUUUCCAAAUCCGAGCGUAUUUCAAUGUAUAAAGUAAGUGACAUUAGUGUCACCUAGCGAAGAAUUAGUGGUUGAUAGGACGUAUACUGCCACGGUCCAGACGGCGACCAAAUGAAAAAUUGAAAUAUUUCGUCUAGGGUCACCACUCUUAGUCUAAUGCUGCCAGCGAGAUGAUUAAUAAGAGCGAAUUCGCACGGGAGUUUUUAACGUCAAACCUGUCAUAGGAUUAUUGAUGAACAAUUAUUGUUAUUUCCUACGAAAUAAUACGGGGAUUUUCGCGUUAAAACGCGAACUGUUUCGACUAUACGGCGUUAUAUAGUAUAUUACAUUAUCGUCGUGGAUAUUUUCACAAAUAUUCGAUUGGUCAUCGAUAAGUGUGCGUCGCGAGCUGUUGCGCGAACCUAACCUAACCCAACCGUAUCCGAAAAUAAUCGUAAUGCGUGGUUGUCGUUUUUUUUUUUUUUUUUCUUUUGGCCCGCAGAAUGCCGAUCGACCGACCGCCGCCGUCACCGGUCAACGGGCGACCCUACGGGAUCGACGAGGGGCUCAACUCGGCGGCGUCGACGCUCGCGUCCAUCAUCAGCCGACAGGCGUUCGACAUACCGCGAAAAUCACGCGACAGCCUCGACGAAUACGACGACGACGACGACGACGACGACGGUGACGACGACGACGGCGACGAAGGACACCGCCCGUCGAGCGGCGGCGGCGACCGCGAUUCGGUUUUCAGCGGCGGCGGUGGCCGGCGCUCUCUGCCCGACAUCGGGACCGCGGGCGGCGGCGACGGCGUGCGGCGGACCCGGCGGGACAGCGUCGGCGGCCGCGGCGUGCCCGCGGCCGCGGGGAAGCAAGGCGCCCCCGCACAGACCGCCGCCGCGGCCGCCGUCCACCGCGACCCGUUCGGCAGUCCCGUCACGCCCAAGGUGUACAACGGCUUUAGGCGUCGCGCCGCCGCCGCCGCCGCGGUGGCAAACGCGCCCGGCUAA